AUGUCAUCACAACUCGAAGCGAAAUCUUCGGUCAAUGAUUAUUCUGCACUGUCGGAAGAAAAUCAACAUCAUCUGGAUGCUUUAGAACGUUCUGAGGCUGUCGAUUUGAUGGAAGCCGAAUCGCUGGAAGUCUCUACUCCGUUGCCUGAGACGGCUAAGACUCAGCAGCUAUGCCAUCAUUGCGAGCCAAUGUUUUCUACAAUUGAGAACCUGAGAAGUCUCGUCUCCAAGAAAGGCUAUAAGCAUAACACUAAAAAAGGAAUCAAAGAAGCAGCGGAUCGCGGAUGCGGUUUAUGCAGAUACAUGUACACACACUAUUCUGCUUUUGACAAUGAAGAUCAAGAUGAGCACAUAUUGGUGUCCGUUUAUCGCUUCGGCAAGAAAUCCAAGAGUAAACUGUCACUUUUCAAGAAAAUCUCGAAAUCUGCUAAAAAGAAUUACUUGCUUUCAGGAUUCAAUGGAAAUGACGAGUCAACUGAAUAUCCGUUUAAUGAACGCAAAAUCACUCGUAUUGUUUUCGACUUCCCUAGGUCUUCUUUGGACUUUACUUGCCUUUUGGCUGAUCAAGGGAGUCCUGCAGCUGCAGUGCUUCAAAUAGAACCUGAAAUCACAAGUCUAGUUCGCCUACAUGCGAGUACGCACGAUCAAAAAGAUGACUACAUUGCUUUGAGCUACUGUUGGGGAGGAUCUCAGAGCUUCACAACUACCACUUCUACUUUGGAAGAUUGCUUGCGUGGCUUUGACAGUGAUGAUCUACCCUUAACCUUCAGAGACACAAUUUUUAUCGCUAGAAGUAUUGGCAUACGAUAUGUAUGGAUCGACGCACUGUGCAUUAUCCAAGAUAGCGAGGUUGAUAAAGCUAGAGAGAUUGAGAGAAUGGGAGAAAUUUACAAGAAUGCCACAGUAACAAUAUCUGCGGCAGGUGCAACUUCGGUGAACGGGGGAUUGUUUGAUCAUAGACCCAAACCAGAAUUAUUGGAAAUCCCAUUCUGUUUGCCCGACAAAUCUCUCUCGAAGGCAUAUAUUUCUAAGAUCAUAUACGUUUUUGAGCAUGAAGAGCCUGUGGAUAAAAGAGCCUGGUGUUUUCAGGAAUCAAUACUAUCACCCAGAUUACUUUCUUUUCGAUCUACGGAACUAAUAUGGCAUUGCCAGUCCUUAAAAUUCGAGCCCACCGUAAGCAGUCACUAUGUAUACUUAUUCGAUACUCUUCGAGCACCUGCAAAUGUCUUUGGACGGGACGUGGCAAUAGAAAUGGCAGAUUCAUUUCGUCGCGCUAAAACUUGGAACUGGAUAGUUCAAGACUUUACGGGGCGUGAUCUUACGAAUCCUGAAGAUCGUUUGCCUGCCAUAUCUGCUAUUGCAAAAGAAUUCGCUUUUGUGUGGAAUGACGAGAAUAUUUUUGGUGUAAUGAAAAGCACAGUCGAACGGCAUUUGUCUUGGGAAGUAGACAAGUUUGCUCGGGAUAGACUUGAUAAAAAGCAUGGCAAUGCGAGAAAUGAUCGUGCUCCUUCCUGGUCUUGGGUCUCGGUUGAUUCUCCGGUUCGGUUCCAAUUAGGCAUACACCAUAUCAACGUCACUUGUCUUGAGAUUGCCAACACACCUGCAUGUCGAAAGCUCGUUCUUGAAGCCAAGGUUCUUUCCCUAGAAACUCAUCCGAUGAAUGGCGUGCAAGAGAGGCUUUUCCAAAAGUUUUACGAUUCCGCUGAGGAUCUUAAGGCUGAAGCAUGUACACUUAUGUUAUUGGCAGAGGGAGAGGGAUUUGGCCCCCAAAAUUUUGGAUGUCUCCAGUACUUUUUGACUCUAAAAAGAUUGAGCAACGGACAUUAUCAACGUGUUGGUCUCUUUCAAUUUACUCGGAAGUUCAAAAAUGCUUCAAGAGAUUGGUUUUCGCCUGCAAAUUUAAAAAUUCUGUUCGAUUCUAUUGAGAUGUCUCGAGUUACUAUUGUUUAG